CUUUCCAAGGCCAAGAAGGGCUCCUUGGAGGAAGUGAAGCGCCAUUCGCGCUUCCUUUUGGAGAAGAACCGGCAGCUGAUGGAGGACAUCCAGGAGAAGGACGCCGAGACGAGUCGAUGUGCCAGAGACCUCCUCCAGCAGUACGACAUGUUUGGGACAAUCAUUGCAACUCUUCAGGACUCCAGUCAGAACCAGGUGGGCGUAAUGAAAGCAGAGCUCCAGGAGGCCGAGAAAACGGUGGAUAAGAGUAUGGGAAAACUGGACCAGGAGCUGAGCCGCAUGACCACCAGAGUCCACACUCUCCAGGAGGAGCUGAACUUCCUCCGGACGUACAUGGACAAGGAAUAUCCCGUGAAAUCCGUCCAGAUUGCCUCCCUGCUGCGCAGCAUCAAGGACCUGAACGAAGAGCAGCAGGAUGAGCUGGAGGAAGCCAAGGAGACGGCCACCCUGUUCUUACAGACCAUCACGGAGAACAUCAAGGGGGAAACGGAUAAAAUCUUGCAGGCCGUCAUAGACGAAAGGUUAUUGGACUAUCAAGGCGGUCUCCAGCAGAUGGACCGGAACAACCAGGAACUGCGGCGACAGAUCGAAACGCAACAGAAGAUAAUUGACGAUCUGGAGAAAGACAUCCAUGUCUUGCAUACGGACACCAUGAUGUUUCACAAUGCCCUUAAGCCUCCACGGUGCGUGAUCUUUGAGGAUGUCCUGCUUCAGAGACCCAUAUGCACCCCUGACAUGGAGAUCGUCCUCAACAUCCCCACGGAGGGGGAUCUUCUCCUGUAGUUUCCGGAAAAGCAACUGUACAGACGCGCUGCAGCUGCGCAACUGCAGCCUCACAUGCCACAGGCCCUCUCUCGCUUCGCAGAACCCAGCGCAGAAACUUAACGCACAGCCUAAACGUCCCAGGUUGGAGUUUUUAAACCUUUCCUCUUAAGAGCCGCCGGGGCUCCCACCCCGACCCGCGACCCGUAUUCGAUUCCAUUAAAAAACCAGAUCUACUAAAAUAAAGCCAGAAUCUCAGUGAGCUGCAAGACCGUCA